AUGCUGACAGAGCUGGCGGUCUGUCUCCUGCUGGCAGUGGCGCUGCUGGGCCCAGGGCCCAGGGCCCGAGCCAUGAGAGGUGUCAAAUGUGGGGGUGUGCUCUCAGCACCUUCUGGAAACUUCUCGAGCCCCAACUUCCCCAGACUCUACCCCUACAACACAGAGUGCAGCUGGCUGAUCGUGGUGGCCGAGGGCUCUUCUGUGCUGCUCACCUUCCACGCCUUCGACCUGGAGUACCACGACACCUGCGGCUUUGACUUCCUGGAGAUCUACAAUGGGGCCACAGCAGACCAGGGCAACCUGCUGGGGAGGUUCUGCGGCCAGGUGCCCCCGCCACCCUUCACCUCCUCCUGGCAUGUCAUGUCUGUCAUCUUCCACUCAGACAAGCACGUGGCCAGCCGCGGCUUUUCUGCAGGCUACCAGAAAGAUGUGUGUGGUGGCGUCCUGACGGGCCUGUCGGGGGUCCUUACCAGCCCCGAAUACCCAAACAAUUACCCCAACAAUGUGGAGUGCCGCUGGGUGAUCCGGGCCGCUGGCCCUGCCACCAUCAAGCUGCUGUUCGCCGACUUCCAGGUGGAAGGCAAUGAGGAGUGCACCUAUGACUACGUGGCUGUGCUCGGGGCGCCUGGCCCUGCCCGUGGGCACCACUACUGCGGCAACGCCAGGCCCCCUACCCUUGUGUCGCUGGGCCACGAGCUGCAGGUGAUCUUUAAGUCCGACUUUAACAUCGGAGGCAGGGGCUUCAAGGCGUACUACUUCUCAGGAGAAUGCCAGGAGGUGUACACAGCCGUGCGGGGCAACUUUUCCAGCCCGCAGUACCCCAGCUCCUACCCCAACAACAUCCGAUGCCAUUGGACCGUCCGCCUGCCUCCUGGCUACCGGGUUAAGAUGUUCUUCCUGGACCUGGAACUGGAAGAGCCCAACAGCCUGACCAAGACCUGUGACUUUGACCACCUGGCAGCCUUCGAUGGGGCCAGCGAGGAGGCGCCCCUGUUGGGGAGCUGGUGCGGCCGUCACCUGCCACCACCGGUCACCUCCAGCCUCAACCAGCUCCUGCUUCGCUUACACACAGACCGCAGCACCACCCGCAGGGGCUUCUCCGUGGCCUACAUUGGAGUUGUGCCCAUGAACGUGAGCUGCUCCCGCACGGACUUCCAGAUCCUGAUCUCCACGGAGGCGCUGGCCCCACUGGGGCAGACCCAGGUCUACCUGGGCAGCCGGCGCUGUGCAGCCCAGGAAGUCGGCAGCACCUUCCGGAUCCAGGCCCGCUUCGACACCUGCGGCACUGAGUCUCAGAGAAGGAACAAUACUUCAGUGAUCGUCAGCGUGCUAUACAUCGACUUCUCGGCUGGCGGGCAGGACGACAUCCAUGAGUACGAGGUCCGCUGUGAGCCCCGGCGCAAGGAGGCGUCUGUCCACCUGCUGUCCGGCUCCCACUGGCUUGGGCCCUAUGCUGCCGCGGCCGAGCACCUUCAGGAAGCACCGCCCAGGGAUGAGGUGGACGUAGUGGAGGGCCCCGUGGCUAUGGUGCCCCAGGACAUCAGUGACAUUGUCUUCCUGGGCCUUUGCAUCCUGGCUGCAGUCCUCAUGGUCAUUGCCAUCGUGGUCCUGAUGCUGCUGUGA